AUGCUAGAGCCUAUUACCAUCUGUGGUGCUGUUGUUGGCAUUCUCAGUGGGCUUUAUACCCAUUGCGAGACGCUGAUUAAAUACAGUAAAGACUGCAAAAACCUUGACAACGAUAUCGAAAAUUUGAGAGCGCAGAUGGAGAAUCUGAACACCCGAAGAAAGCUACUCAACAGGUUGUUGAUCAACAACGAGGAGCUCGGAGACCCACUUGGGCAAGCCCAGACGUAUGUGCAGUCACGAAUGGAAGACUGUGAGAGGGCGGCCAAACGCGUCGACGAUAUGCUUUCGCAGUUUGUGCACAAGCAUGGGACCGCUACUUCGCGCCAGGGAGAGGAACCAAGCUGUAAGGGUAAGGGUAAGGUCAAAGGGGCCAAGUUGCAUAUGCAUUGUCCCUACAAGAGUGCCUCCUCGACUCAAGGAGGCGGCAGCGGCACUCGCAGAUCUCUGUGGGACUCUCGAUUCAGCGCUUCAUUAUCUCAACCUUGCACAAUGAUGAAUGUGAAGGGGCUUACGUUACAUAUGCAGCACGUCGUGGACAGGACUCGAGACAUUCAGCACGCAGUGGACUGGGUGGUGCGCGGCAUUCGCCAGAACGAGAUAGACCUUAUGAUCGCGUCCGAUGGCUUUUAUACCGCCUCCAACCCCGAACAUCUUACCAACAGCCAAUUGGACAUGUCUGUCGCGGGCUUUCUCUAUCUGACCCAGUUUGAGGCCAUGAAUGAGCAGGACGAGAAGGGCCUCACGCCGAUCAUGCAGAUUGCUUGCCGAGUCCCUCGCGAUAAUGGGGCAGAUCUAUGGGGCUUGGUGGGCGCGUCGAUUUGGAUGAUCAGAAAUGGAGCUUCCCUGGGAAGGAGGUCUGCAACCAACGCCACCGCUGCCCACUAUCUGGCCGGGGCCAUUGGCCAAAACUUGGCGCUCUGGGAGCAGUCGAAUGGCCGGAAUGACCGAGAAUCUCUGCUCGCCGACUAUGAGUUUGUCCGAGACGGAGGGCGCGAUCUCCUUUGCGCCCUCAUUCUUGACAACGCCCGCGACAUAUGCAGUUGCGCCUGUUCAACAUUGGGAUGCACGCCACUGAGUAAAAUGCUCCACCGAUUCCUGGCCGUGUACCCGCCAGGGAAAAGAGGGACAGCCCUUCAAUUCUUUGUAGCGCUGAUGGCCAAGUUUGUUCCCAAAGCGAGCUACAAACGUAUCAUAGUGGGAAGGUUCAUUCAGUACGCCACGUUUGACGCGCUGGGAUGUGUACAUUCGUGCCAAGAUUGCACACUUGAGCAUGGUGAGGAUGGCAACCCAAAUGAGGCCCAGCCAGGGGAGCCGACUGGGCAGCUGGGUGGGCUGCUGUCGCGUCUUCUUCGCGAAUACUACGACGGUGAGCAUGACCUUGUUGGCUUUUUCGAAGGUCCCUGGCGGGAUGAAAUUGACCAAAUUGCGGCGAAUCGGGGUCAGCGCUAG